GGUAUAUUAAGUUAAAAAUACACACACUAUUUGUACAGGUACAAUAUGGUUAAUUGUUAGAUUUCCUCUACUGAUGUACCCUGUCGGUGUAGACUUGUGUAAUUAUUUUGGAAUACAGAAGACAGAGUCGAUUGAAAUAGACAAGACAGUCACUUGGAAUAAAUCAACAGAGUCUAUUAAAAUAUAGAAGAUAGGGUCGAUCGGAAGAGAGAAGACAGAGUCACUUGGAAUAAAGAAGACAGAGUCGAUUGGAGUUAAUAAGACAGAGUCGAUUGGAAUAAAGAAUAUAGGGUUGAUUGGAAUAAACAAGACAGAGUCGAUUGGAAUAAACAAAACAGAGUCGAUUAGAAUAAUCAAGACAGGGUCGAUUGGAAUAAACAAGACAGUGUCGAUUGAAAUACAAGAUCAAGCCGUAGCAUGAGAGGGUGGCUACCACAGGUGUAGACUUGUGUAAUUAUUUUGGAAUACAGAAGACAGAGUCGAUUGGAAUAGACAAGACAGAGUCACUUGGAAUAAAUGACACAGAGUCGAUUAAAAUAUAGAAGACAGUGUCGAUUGGAAGAGAGAAGCUAGAGUCACUUGGAAUUAAGAAGACAGAGUCGAUUGGAGUUAAUAAGACAGAGUCGAUUGGAAUAGAGAAUAUAGGGUUGGUUGGAAUAAACAAGACAGAGUCGAUUGGAAUAAACAAAAUAAAGUCGAUUAGAAUAAUCAAAACAGGGUCGAUUGGAAUAAACAAGACAGUGUCGAUUGAAAUAGAAGAUCAAGCCGUAGCAUGAGAGGGUGGCUACCACAGGUGUAGACUUGUGUAAUUAUUUUGGAAUACAGAAGACAGAGUCGUAUGGAAUAGACAAGACAAAGUCACUUGGAAUAAAUAAUACAGAGUCGAUUAAAAUAUAGAAGAUAGGGUCGAUUGGAAGAGAGAAGACAGAGUCACUUGGAAUAAAGAAGACAGAGUCGAUUGGAGUUAAUAAGACAGAGUCGCUUGGAAUAAAGAAUAUAGGGUUGAUUGGAAUAAACAAGACAGAGUCGAUUGGAAUAAACAAAAUAGAGUCGAUUAGAAUAAUCAAAACAGGGUCGAUUGGAAUAAACAAGACAGUUCCGAUUGAAAUACAAGAUCAAGCCGUAGCAUGAGAGGGUGGCUACCACAGUUGAUCUAUGGAAACAGUCGAGGAAAAGAUAUUAUAAAAUAUGUAAUGCUUAGUGUCAUCAUUUUCUGGAUAUCGUUUGAUCCUGUAAAAAACACUUUACAUUGGAUGACGGUGGACAGUCUUUUGAGAGAGAAUGAAGGCGUGCUGUGUGUAAUGUUUGUUGGUGGUUUAGGCAAUCAUAUAUUCCAAUUCGCAUCAACUUUCGGAAUUGCAAAAUCCAAAAAUAUGACGGUUGUGUUAAAUAGUGAUUCUUUUCUCAGUGAAGUAUUCAAAAUCAAUGUAAAAUUUAACAAAACUGAUUUGUUUUGUAAACAACAGAAAUCACUUGAUGAAAAACUGCCUGCUGCUUAUGAUCCAAGUUUAAGAAAGUUCAACUCUUCUUAUAGUUUUCGUUUAAGAACGUAUCUUCAGUCAUGGAAAUAUUUUCAUGAAUACGAAAAACCUCUCAGAAACCAUCUUACUUUUCGUGAUCACAUAGUCAAAAAAGCGAAUAGCAUAAUAAAACAAAUCUUGACGAAGUACUCUAGAUCUAGAACAAACGUGACCUUAGUUGGCGUUCAUAUUAGGCGAGGUGAUAUGGUAAACAACAAGCAAGGUUUUACUGUUGCUACGCCUGAAUAUAUAGUGAAAGCAGUUAAUUAUUUUUUAAACAAGUACAACGACGUUAUAUUCAUUGUAGCAUCUAAUGGGUUAGAAUGGGCAAAACAAAACAUGCCUGGGAAUAUUCGUGUAGAAUAUGUUCAUGAAAAAAGAACUAUUGACAUGGCAACAUUAUCUUCCUGUGAUCACACCAUUAUGACUGUUGGUACUUUUGGUUGGUGGUGUGCCUGGUUGGCAGGAGGUGAUGUAGUAUACUUCAGUCGUCCAUCAGUGAAGGGUUCUUGGUGGGACAAAAGAAUUAACUUGCGUGAUCACUUUUAUUCCCAUUGGAUUGGGAUACCUUGAUUAACUUAUGAAAAUAUAUGUUGAUGCCGGGACAACUGUAAUGAAACGUUUGUAGUAAAAACAAGACAAAGUAUUGAUGUGCCA